AUGGAUAGCGACUUCAUCGACGAGGAAUUCGUUCACGGCAAAGAGAUAGAAAAAAUAAAAAAAAAAAAAGAAGCAAUUGUAGAUUGCCUUAAAAGUGUUCAGGACCCAGACUUAAAAAAAAAUAUUGUUGAAUUAAAUUUUGUAAGAAACUUAAAAAUUAAAGAAAAUGACAAUGGGAAAUAUGUGGUUGAUUUUGAUUUGAACCUUACGACCCCUGCUUGUCCUGUGAAAGACGAACUGUUGGCGGAAUGUCAAGAUAAAUUGCGCUCCUACGAAUGGAUUGAAGAAACAAACAUCAACACGACCUUUCUGAAUUUUAAUGAACAUGAUGAAGAAGAAAAAUGGAAAAAAAAAAAAAACAGAAAAAUUGAAAAUGUCAUUGUUGUGUAUAGUUGUAAAGGUGGAGUUGGCAAAUCCUUCUUUUCGGUUAAUCUUUCCUUCUACUUAAAAAAGAAGGGGGCAACUGUGGGAUUGCUAGAUGCGGAUAUAAAUGGGCCUAGCCUACCGACGCUACUUCCCAUUGGACAUUCCUAUGCCAAGUUUAAGAGCGCCCCGCGGAGGAGCAGUAAGAUAUUUUACGAAGGGGAAACGGGAAAAAGGGAAAGUUGUGUGGAAGAACUGACAGAAGAAGGUGUAAAUCACUCGGGGGGCGAAGAUGGGGAGGAUGAGGUUGAUGACCCGAAGAGGGACAAGGAAGAUCGAGGCGAUGUGCACCAGUACGAUCGCCUUUUGGAAGAUCCCCUUAUAGAGCCACUCCUCUAUCGAGGUGUGAAGCUCAUGUCGUACGCAUACAUAAAAAAUCAGAAGAACUUAGGGUUCGCAUCCUUCAGAGGACCAAUCCUAAACGAGUUGAUAAAGGAAUUCAUAAACCAAGUGGACUGGGGUGUCUUGGACUAUCUAAUAAUUGAUCUGCCUCCAGGAACACACGAUAUACAUCUAAAUCUAUUCGAAUCGGAAGAUAUAGAUGGAGUCAUCAUGAUAACAACUCCAAACGACCUCUCCAUCAAUGAUGUAAAGAAAGGAAUAAGUAUGUGUAACUAUUUUAACAUUCCAAUUGUAGGUCUUGUAGUAAAUAUGAACUCCUUUAUCUGUGACGGAUGUGAAAAGAAUCACCAGCUUUUUAACAACUGCGAUUUGAACCAAUUGAAGGAGGAAUUUAAUAACGUAUAUGAAAUACCCUUUCAUCCUUUGCUCUCCAAAAAUGUAUAUCAUGAUGAUCAAACAGGAGAGAGACACUUCCCCUUUAUCAUUUCUUUUGAGGAUGACCACCACCUUGUUCAUCUGUUGGAGAAGGUCUUCCAAAGUUUAACGCGAGAAAUAGCAAUGAUAAAAUUUCAGCAUAAACUAAAUUUGCCGUCCAUUCAGAUUUUUAAAAAAAAUUAUCUCCAAUUAUCCUUCGAUUCGAUUGAUAAUAAAUUUGUUUUUUCUGAUGAUGUGUUGGUUUGCCACGUGAAGGAUGUUCGUCGUAAAUGUCCUUGUGAUAUUUGCAAAAUGUUGGGAAAAAAGAAGAAAAAAAAAAAUAAAAUACAGGAUGGUAAUUUAUAUGUGAAGGAAAUUGUUAAGCUAGGAAUUUACAACGUUAAGAUUGUCUGGUCUGAUAUGCACAUCUCCGUUUAUUCAUACUCCCACUUGAAGCACAUUUUUUUAACUUCGCGCUUGUCUGGGGGAAAUGCUUUGUGCAGGACAGGCGGUAGCGCCUCCUUCGAGUGGUAA